UUAACUGUGAUUCUACUAUAUACAUAGAACGUUAUAGUCAGACAGUGUCGUCCGCGUCAGCUCCGUUCCGUUCAUUUAAUUCGCGUUCUCAUUAUAUUCGUCUCCCUUAUUCACCUAACAUUAUAUCCUCCUUCUAUAAUUUAUUUUUUAACGAAUAUUUAUACAUUGUCAUUACUUCCAGCUGUCCUUCUUGUCCAGUACAACAGUAGUAGUCGAACGUGUGAUCAUGUCAAAGAUGAAUGCCAUUACGGCGAUUAUUUUGGCGGUUUACUGCCUAAGUUACGCUUUUGCAAAGAUUGAGGUUGACGAUGGUGUAUUAGUCAUUAACACUGAGAAUUUUGAAUCGGCGAUCAAAGAUAAUGACUAUAUUCUUAUUGAAUUCUAUGCACCAUGGUGUGGACAUUGCAAGGCAUUAGCACCCGAAUAUGCAAAAGCAGCGAAAAAAUUGGCUGAGUCUGGUUCGAAUAUUAAAUUAGCCAAAGUUGAUGCAAUUGUAGAAACUGAAUUAGCAGAGAAACACAGUGUUAGGGGAUAUCCCACACUCAAGUUUUACCGUAGAGGAUUUGUCAUAGAAUACAAUGGUGGACGUAUGGCAGAUGACAUCGUUAAUUGGCUUCUUAAAAAAACAGGACCAGCUGCUAAAGAUUUAACUUCAGUAGAAAAAGCUAAGGCUUUCAUCGAUGAACACGAAGUUGCAAUAGUUGGAUUCUUUAAGGAUUUAGAAUCCGAAGAAGCUAAGUUAUUCUUGGAAGUUGCCAAUGCAGUCGAUGAUUAUUCAUUUGGUAUUUCAAAUACUGAAGAAGUAUUGAAAGAAUAUGAAGUAGAAGAUCAUGCUAUUGUACUGUUCAAGAAGUUUGAUGAAGGCAAGAAUAAAUAUGAUGGAGAACUCACCUUUGAAAAUGUUAAAAACUUUAUCAAUAUUUAUUCUCUACCUAUAAUCGUUGAUUUCAAUCAAGAUACAGCUCAAAAGAUAUUUGGUGGUUCUGUCAAGAGUCACCUUUUAGCUUUUCUAAGCAAAGAAGCUGGUCAUUUUGAAAAAUAUGUUGAUGAAAUUAAAAAACCUGCACAGGAAUUCCGUGGAAAGGUUUUGUUCGUAACUAUCAACGCAGAUGAACCUGAUCAUGAAAGAAUCUUAGAAUUCUUCGGCAUUAAGAAGGACGAUGCUCCUGCUAUUCGUCUUAUUAAAUUAGAUGAAGAUAUGGAAAAAUAUAAACCUGAAAAUCCAGAAAUAAGUGGCAAAAAUGUUUUGGAAUUUGUAACUGCUUUCACAAAAGGCGAAUUGAAGAGACAUUUUCUUACUCAGGAAUUGCCCGAAGAUUGGAAUCUCAAUCCUGUCACAGUUCUUGUUGGUAUUAACUUCCAUAAAAUUGCAUUUAAUAAAGAAAAAGACGUUUUAGUUGAAUUUUAUGCUCCUUGGUGUGGACAUUGCAAACAACUUGCGCCUAUAUACGAAGAAUUAGGAAAGAAAUACAAAGACAAUCAAUCUGUAGUGAUAGCGAAAAUGGACGCUACUGCGAAUGAAUUGGAAGAUUUAAAGAUUGUCAAUUAUCCCACUAUUAUGCUUUUCAAAAAAGAAACAAAUGAGGCAAUUGAGUAUAAUAAAGAGAGGACACUCGAAGGAUUAUCUAAAUUCAUUGAAUCCGGUGGUGUAUAUGGUCAAGCUCCUAAGGAGGCUCAGGAAGAAGAUGAGGAUGACGAUGUGCCAAGGAAAGAUGAAUUAUAGGCGCACAUAAUCAAAUGAAAUAAAAUUAAUAAUUGUCCCUUCUCUUUCCUGCAUCCAUUCAAAGAAUUCCACAAUUUCCUCUCAGAUAAACAUUCGUUUUUAUUAAGAUCUUUUUAAAUGGUGCAUCUACAUUUGUUAUUUUUAAGUUUUAUAUUUUUAAAUCAAGGCGUCGUAAUGUACAAUUAAUUAUUAAGGAAAUAAUUGUAUUUUGUGCAACCUUUUGCAGGGGUUCUUGAAGUAAGUCUAGCAUUGUUGUGAGUGACAUGAGAGAUGUCCAUAUUAUGAUCCUGUUUAAAAAUCUUUACUUCGAUAAUAACUCAUACAAAGAUAGAUAUUAA